AUGCCCGCGCGUUUCGAGAUGCGCUGCGAGAUCCACCACGACAACGGCGCCAAUAACCCGGGCGCACUCGUUAACGUCGACAGAUGGGUAAGCCCUGCCUAUUUCAUCUGGAAGCUGAGCGCAGCACAGGCUAACGCUUAUAGUGAGCACUUCCGAAGUAGGUACUUUGACCUGCACCAUCGUGCUACCUGGAACCGUAUCGAGGCAGACCUGGAAGCCCUUGGAGAUGGACCUGAACGACUCAACUACGCUUUUCCGGAGCCGCCCUACUCUCGCGCCACGGUGAGCUUGCGGCUCCUUAACCUGGUGGGGGGAUUGGGUGUGACGUUCCGAGUUUGCACUGGUGCUACUGAUCUGUACAUCGACAAGGGCUUUGGGGAGAUGUGGAAGUUUGUCACGAAUGCUGACCCUGCUAUCAGUGUUUUCUGGUGUUGGGAUGUUUACCUGAGGGAUGACAGUCCCUCGCCGGUCAUCAGCCCUGAGCCUACACCUGCACCUCAGCCAAAUAGUGCCACCCCUGAGACGGGUCCUACUCCUCGCCGUUCCCACGCCCGUACUGCUUUUGCGAACCUGUAUUAUUGUCUGCAGAACAAUUCUUUGCGCUGCCGCUUUUCUCGUAAGUGA